UCUUUUUAGUUUGGUCUUUGAUCGCCCAAUUCAUCGCAAUUGCAAACGAUCUGUCGGCCAAACUAAAGGCUCAGUCUACUAAUGACACAGUAUCGGAUGAUAGUACCGAAUCAGAAUCAGUUACAAUCUCAGCCGAGGAUGAACAGCUGCUUACAACGUCAAGCGUAGUCCAGUGGUCAUUUACAACCAGCUCUACCACCGCCACAUCAUUUCUGGUGGUAGUGGCUACUGGAACAGUCAUCACAAAAAGUAACGGAUUGACUCCACAAGUGGGGGCCGUCAAGGAUAAUAAUAAUCUCAACAAACGGACAAAUGAGAGUGAUAGCCAGGAGCAAAUUGAGGCCAACUAUGGAUUAUCCGGGAUCCCAAGGCAAUCAGGGGGCACAGGUUUCGCAAUCAUCUCCCGUCUGGUUGUCGCCUGCACGUUAGUCUUCCUUAUAUUUGGACAGCUCGGCUGGCCCGAGAUGUUGUUAUACACAUGGACACCUUGGUUGGGCCCGCAGAGUACACCGUUGUGGCUCGGAUUAGCCCAGGCUAUUGUUGGUAUCGAAAACCUCCGUGUCUAUUCCAAAAGUGACGUCCUUAUAGCGGCAUGGGGUAUAUUCGUUAUUGGGUCAUUGAAUAUCAUUUUGGGAGGCAUCUUACUUUAUCUUAGUCGCAAUCUUCCCAAAUUUCCCCCUCCGCCUCUGUAUUUUAACAUGUCUCAACGCCUCCUAUUUUGGACCUCCUUACCCCCAUGUUACCAUCAUCUUUUCGAACAGCAAGUCAAUGAAGAAAAAACAGAAGGAGAAAACGCCGAACAUGCUCAUCCAGAUGGGCAUGAAAUCGGGCUGGGUGAAGAGGACGAAGAGAAGGCGGUAGGGACCCAGAUGCACCCAUCGCAACGGCCUCAAUGUCCAGUAGCACUUAUUUCACUUCCUGGCUCUGAAGAUAGGCCGGUUUAUCAAGACGUGGCUCGAGGCGGGUAUCCGACCUUUUCGGGAGGUGGGUUGGCGGACGCUGAGAGACAUGUUCCUACUGGAUUUUUGGAGAGAGCCAAAGAUGGGAGGUUAAUCAAAUUCAUCAGCGAGAACGGAGAGGAAGUGGGAAAGCCCAGACUCCCCAAUGACGAACGCUACAGAAAGGAGAGAAUGGUUACAGAGAAAACACGGAUGGGACGUUCAAGGAAGCAGAAAGGGGAGGAGCAGAGCUUAGACCAGAACGGUUCCCUAGAUCAGCUACCACCAAUGAACCAUUCAAAAAGGGUGUCUGUGCCUAUGGUGAGCUCCGAGAAGGUCCAAGAAAGCGUCUCAACUGGAGAUAAGGAAGACAGAGAGUCAUCGAAGAGACCGGCAUUGCCUAGAUCCAGAAGUAUUCAAAACCUUAGACUACAAACCGUCGACAAAGUACGAACAAAUCUGCUGGUUGUUGAAAGCGAUAUGCAGAGUGACAGUUUGGAUCCUAAACGUCAAUCAAGCUUAUCAAGUGUUUCGGGCCUGUCAGCGACUGAGGACUUAGGACCACAAUUCCCUCUGCCUCCAGACCGACAAGCUUUGGGGAAAUCUCAUGCACAAUUGGAUUUAUUACCAGGUUCUCUCGCAUUGGCAGAGAAACCAACAAUGGCACUGCAUCUCAAAAGAGGUGCAGGUCCCAUGAGAAGGCUCGCUCUUCCCAAGUCUCGCAGCGACAAAGCGAGGCCUCACAUAGACAAUAACAGGCAGAACCUUAUAGCAAACUCUAAGGUAGAUGAAGAGUCUCCAGCUUCUGCGCCUCCUCCUUCCCCAGCAGUCAAGGCAUCUCUUACGCCUAAAAUUCCACAGCGCAAACGUGCAAUGACACUCAAUUCUCAGUCAAAUCUCCAACAGCCUCUUCGCUCAUCCCUUGCGACGGUAUUGCGCACCAACUCGGCCCGAUCCGCCAAAAGCUCUAGACUGGCGAGGGGAGUCCGCUUUGUGGAUAAAGUGGAAGAAAAGUCACCCUCUCCCCCCCUUACUGAGGGAACUCCGACCACUGCGGACAGCCAAGACGCCGGCGAGGAGGAUGGUGAAGGCGGUAGUGAAAUGGAGGUAGAGCUAGAAGAUACCAGACGAAGCGUCAGAAUUCUAGGUACAAAUUUCCAUCUGCCCUGGCUGACCGACGGGAUGCCUAAGAAGGAAUUGGCCCGACCUGAAUCCUUUAAUUCUACAACCACAGAGACAAAUACAACCAGCGACUCCUUCGACCUCGAAAUCGACAGCGAAGAAUCCACUGCUGGAACACAAAGAGGAGACUGUAAUAGGCUCGUGGGGGACAUCAGCUAUGGCAGAAGAAGAUUGGACGAAAAGGCUGGCUUACCCAGAUCAAGUAGGCCCAAGACGAUGGCCAUUCUAGGUGGAAGUUAUUUUGAUGGUAGGAGAGAGGUGAAUCCGGCGCAGAAAUCUUCAAGUCUGAGCGUCGAUUCCAGAUCGUUGAGGAAGAUGUCGUAACAUGUAAAGGUAAUACUGUUUAAAAUUGUGAUUGUCAGUCAUCAGUUAGGAGUGUCUCUUAUAUCUGAGGAAAAAAGCCUUUUUGCACCCCGCACUAAUCAAUAGAAGCAAACGGCAAGGAAGCAUUAAGGUAUCCAUAUGUAAUGUACAUCAGUCAAACAAAAAAAGGCCCGACACAUUUUCUAUAAAAAUUAAAACCAUUUCUUACUCCCUCUUCACCACCUUCUUAAUCAUUCCGAACUUGCCACCGGAAGCAGCCUUGAUCUCUGCCUUCCUCCUGAUCUCUGCCUCGAUCUCUUCUUCGUCCAAAUGUUCGGCACCGUACCAAACGACGGAGGCGAAACCAGCCAAGGCGGCAAUGAUACAGCCAGCCAAAGCUCCCUUGGCCUUGGUUGUCCAACCCUGAAGAAUAUCAGUUAGCAACAGAAGAAAGAAAUGUCCAACCAGAAAUAUGGGGGAGACUCACCAUGACAAGAGGGAAAGGUCCAACCGCUUCACCUUUGAAGUCGGUGGUAGAGUUCAAACCAACGACGUUACCGGUAGCGCUGUAGCCCCAGUACGCGCAAUGGUCUUUCAUGGUCUGCGGGAUUUCUAAUUUAGAC